UCUGGCUUAUAAAAGUAAUUGAUUGGGGGGGCGCGCGCGCCAGCGCCUUGCCUGUACGACUGUUCCCUGCGACCUCAUUCAUGGGUGAAAGAGCACUGCGCGAGUGACAAAUCAUACCAGCUAUAUCCAAGCUCCCUCCAUCCAGCGAUGUUUUUACCUCGGGCGCCCAGCCCUACAAGAAACACGCCUCCCCCUGUACAGUCCCUUCAAGGAAACCAGCCAACGUCUCCUAUCCUCAUGUUACCCUCUCGGCACGACAGUCCACCCAAGGAUUGUCUGGCACUGACGUGGCGGACUGAAAAAGAAAAGGUGUCCCCGUCUAAGGCCAUCACACCUGUUGGAGCACAAAUUUCCCCUGGUGCAACCAGCAUGUACCAGCAAUCUAGAGCUGUUGUGUUUGACUCCCCAUCAGGACACAGAACAAUUUGCCUCCAGAACACCCUCUGCUACACACUACCACCAAAUGCCCCCAAGGGAUCCCCAUUUAGUCCCAGCCUGAGCUUUGGGUCUCCUGAUAAAACCAAGCAUGGGCCUGAUGGUUCUCCGAGUCCUAGGAAGCAUGGAGCAACACAAAGCUUGCCAGCUGGGAGUGAGUCACCAAGGGAUGGUAGAGGAAAAGAGACGAGAGCUUCGCCAGGGACUAAGACAUCACAGAUGAGGAAUCUUAGUGGUGGAAGCAGAUCUCCCCAGGACCAGGGUGAUAGUAGGAGAUCAGCAGGGUCACCAGACACACAAGUGCGUCAACGACACCACCCCAAGGGCCGGAAGGACCUUCAACUGCCAAGAGAUGGUCCUAGCAGGCUUGGUAGGAACCUUGCAGGCUCUGAUCGCUACCAAGGCAUCCUGGAACAAGACCAUCCGGAGGAGACCGUGUCUCGAGGAUUCCUAGCUUCCUGCUACUGCUACGUCAUUCCUUUGUUUCUCCUAGUUUUGCUGUUUGGGGUACUCCUGGUUUGGUUUUUUGGAGCUCCUAGUAGCCUGGCAUCCAUGUUUGCUUCCAGCAGUUUGUGCCCAAGCAUAAACAUCACUGAUGUAAGACAUGAACUUGAAAAGGGUCUGAUUGGCCAGCCUGUUGCAUCUCAUCUGAUUCUUGAUGCCCUUAGAGGUGGCAAAUUUCAAGACGGAAGCAAGCCCCUUGUAAUGUUCUUCCAUGGGAGCUCUGGGGUUGGCAAGACCCACACAGCCAACAUCAUCACGGAAAGUGUCUUAAAAAGGCCUGAGAGAGACUCAUGCAUCCAUCUGUUCAGUUCCGAUGUGUUCAUGAGGGAAGAGAGAGAGAGGUCUAAAGAGAUGUUCAUCGAUGCCAUUGAAGACUGGCUGAAUGGUUCCAAGGAAGGGAAACCAGACACUUGCUGUUUUUCAUUUUUCAUCUUUGAUGACCUACGAGAUGACACUCCCCCUGACCUUACACAAGCACUUGGUCAAGCCUUGUCAAGAAUCAACUCCAAAUACCCAUCACAAUCAAAGACAGGAACUGAAAUCUUCAUCAUAAUAACCAGGACUGGUUCAAAAGCUAUCCUUGAAUUCCUCGUCGCCAAUAUGAGACGACGUCACACUCGGAACAGCCUCGCCACUCAGCAACCAAACUGGCAGGAACCCUGGAGGCACCUCAUAGCAAACCUGAACAAGCAAGACUCAUUCCAGGCCUGGCUUCCUCCAGAGGACUACGUCCGUAUUCCCUUUCUGCCGCUGGAGAGAUACCACAUCAAGCAGUGUGCUAAACGUAGACUGGAGCACAAGAACAUGACGGCGACUGAGGAACGAUUGGAGUGGGUGGCCGAUCAGCUGACAUACUACCCUGAAGACUGGCCCAUAUUCUCAUCCUCUGGCUGCAAGAAAGUUGCUGGGAAGGUGGACUUGCUUCAUAAAGACAGUCCAAGAACAUUUGAAUUUAAGAAACCUUUCUAAAAAAGGAGAGAAAGAUAUCUUCAUUCCCUCUAAUUAUACACAUACAUGUACUUGUAUUUGUAUAUAAAGGUCUUACAAAAGCCUUGAUUUGAUGCAACAUUGCAGUUACUGCAGUGAAUGUUAUACUAGUUUAUUUAGAUGCAAAGCAUCAAAAGUUUAGUUGAAUCAAUGACAGCUUCUCGAACUGCACAUUUGCGAGAUCAUAAAUUUCUCAUAGGUUUUUGAUUUGUAAAAAAAAAUGUGCCCAAAGGGCAGAAAAUUACAUACUUAAAAUCGGUUUACAUUUUUUUGUUAGUUACUAUGCUCAGUACACAUUAACCAGUUUAUAUUUCUGUGAACGUUAGCAGUUUUCACGUAUGUGUUUAAUAUAAUUUGGUACUCGACACACAAGUUCAACCAGAAGUCCAAUUCGAAAAAUGUCAUAAAACUGAAGCAUUUUUUCUCUCAAUUUAUUAACAAUUUUAAAGUUGAAUAAAUUCAGCAUUUACAGUCAAGUAAAAACAUCAAGUUCAACAAUUUAUUUAAAAUAUCUUUGGGAUUGUCAGACUUGUGUAACAAAUGGGAAGUUUUGGAAUAAUGACCUUCGUGCCACUGCACAUGUGAUAUACCAUUAAUCAUACAAACUUCGGUUUUUCCUCAUUGGAAAUUUGAUUAACGCAAUUUAAAGAGUGCCCUAAAAAUUUGGUUACAAUCACUGCAAUGUUCAAUCACUACAUUUUGUACAAUUAAAUAAUUUGAUUAAAAUUUGAAUAUAACUACCUUUACAUAUCAUCCCUUCAAUUGUAAUACACAUUGUAUAACCAUUAACAUUGCACAAAUAACAGUACAGAUUUUGUUUAACUGCAUAAAAAUAUACAUGUUUUUGUACACAGUACACACAUGUCCAUAUCUUAUACAUUUGUAAUACAUUGGUAAAUUUUCCAAUAAAAUGGUUGAAACAACUGUCGGAAGUUAACACAAUAAACAUGGUUGGCAAACAUUCAGAUAAAACAUUAAUUUUUAUGAAAUUGUUAAUUUACAGGUGUCAGUGUCUCUACAGUUUUAAUACUUUCAUCAUCCGAAUAAGGUAAUUCACACACAAUUUUGUUUUAUAAUUUUUUUUUACGAAGAAUAUAACAUUCUUUCAUAUUAUAUACAUGUCUUUUUAGCUUUUAUAUUCCUGUGAAGAAUUCUCCAAAAAUAUUACAUUUAUGCAUUUCCAACAGCCUUGACAAUGCUUGGGUCAAUACUUGAUCGCAUGAGCUCUGCUAACAAACCCCAGGUUUUUGUGCACAAAUCGAUACCUCUUCUGUGCCGACAUCCUAGAAUACAAAAUGUCAUGUUUGGCACCACAAUGAUAUCAGAGACAAUUGGGUGGAAUUACCUCAUUCAAAAUAUAACCAAUCUGACAAAAUAAAAACUCUGAUAAAUUAUACACGUAUUCAU